AUGGCUGAAGAAACGAAGAAGACGACGGCUCCAGAGGCGCCGUGCGCAGCCGUAGUGCCCGACUUUCCGGUUACGGAGAAAAGGAAGGCGCCACCUGAGCCGGAGAAGGUCGAGGAAGCGGCGGGGGAAGCGGAGAAAUCCGCGGAGGAGGAGAAGGAGGCGGACGGAGCUUCAAAAGAGGCUAAAAUCUCUGAAUUUACUUCCUUCAAGGAGGAAAGCAACAAAGCCGACGAGUUAAUCGACCCGGAGAAAAAGGCACUGGACGAAUUCAAGGUUCUGAUCCAGGAGGCGGUCAGCAAGCGCGAGUUCACCGCCCCACCGCCACCGCCGCCGGCCGCCGUCCAGGAGGAGGAGAAAAAGGAGGAACCGAAGGUGGAGGAGAAAAAAGAAGAAGAAGAGCCUAAGACCGAAGAGAAAGAAGACGACGGCCCAAAAACCGAAGCUUGCGAGGAAACUCCGCCAGCAGCGGCGGAGCCGGCGAAAGAGGAGGAGCCGGAGAAGAAAGCCGAGAAGUCCGAAGAGAAAGCGGUGGCCGCAGAGGAAAUUAAAGAAACAAUCGUCCACGAGGUCUCCGCCCCUGCUCCGCCGCCCGAUGAACCCGCCGCCGAGCCGGCCGCGGAAAAGGUGGAGGAGGCUUCGCCGGAGCCGGAGGAGGUCUCCAUCUGGGGCGUCCGCCUCCUUGCUGACGAGAAGAGCGACACUAUCCUCCUGAAGUUCCUGCGGGCAAGGGACUUCAAGGUGAAGGAAGCUUUCGCCAUGCUCAAAAGCGUGGUGGCGUGGCGGAAGGAGUACAUGUCAAGUGGUUUUGUUUUGGAUCUUUUGGAAUCACAACCUAUCAUAUAG